UCCACAUGAGUUUAUUUAGACUUUUAAUCAGCGAAAUUUCAGCAACUCAAAACUGCGCAGUAUGAAUGCAAUUAACCAGUUCAAAUGUUUAUCCUGGGCAUAAACAAAUCAAGAAAACCGGCAUAAUUAAGUGCACCCUAUCGAUAUUUAACCCACAGAUCCUUAAUGCAUGAACUGUCUUAAGGUUUAAGUUUUGUCACCAGUCAUGUUGACUAGCAUAUAAAUACUAGCAUUCAGAGUAGUAUCAAAACAUCGCAAAUCGAUCGUAUCGAAUGACCUUGCUUAGAGCACGCUCAAUAUAAAAAAUAGCGGCUGGUCGUUUUCUGAAAAUGGUCGCAAAAUCAUAUCGAAGCGUCUUGAACGAAAACACGUGUAUUAAAGGUUUUAACAAUAAAUUGAAAUAAAGUCCUAACAUAUUAUUUAGGAAUGGGCAAGUGUAGUAAAAAGUAAUACAAACAUGAUCGUGUAAAAGAUAAAACAUUGUUAGCAUAAUAAAUCGCGAAAGUCGAGCUUUUCUUAACUAAAGUAUCAAUCCAAUAAAUCAGUUCAAACUGUAAAUCCAUGAAAUUAGAAAACCAGUCAGUUGUUAAUAAAUCUAAAACAAUAACCUCAUCAUAAGUUUCUAACUAAAACCAAACAUGUCUUCGCUAAACUCUUAAGGUCGAUAUGAUUGCCAAACGUGAACAGUUAGAAAUCUGGAAACAAUUUUGUCAACGAUGUCAUUAAAUAGUGACAAAAAUAAGCAAAGUGAUUUAACUCAAAAGUUCACGAUACGUUAAAUAACAAUGCAUAAAAUACGCGGUCCUGAGACUGAAACCGUCUAUGAAAAGCAUUGCAGCUAUACGCCGGUUUUAUGGUGAUAUGGUGAAAUAUAUACCCUUAGCAAGAAUUAAAUAUAUACCAUUAAACAGUGUCAAAGGCAAGGCCUUAUCCGGUGGCAAGCAUACGUAUUUAAGAAGAGAAAAAACGAAUGAAUUAUUCACUUUAACAGACUCAAACACAUGAACACAUGGACAUAAUCAGAGUGAAACACACAAUCUUUUUCAGUGUCGAACAUGUGCCAUUUGGCAAUAUUGUCUGGUUUGCUAAACAUUCUUAUAUUGAAAUGGAAUUGAGUAAAAUUGGAAACGGACAAAUGCCUUUAAAAAUAUAUGUGAUGUUCAUCUUGCUUCGUCACUGAGCAUUUAAGUUGUUUUACAAGAGCAUUCACUGACUUCCUAAAUUACGGACGUUUGGAUUUAAGCAACACUGUAACCAUUUUCGAAGUGAUAAUGCUGGCCGGAAAGAUAGGUUUGGUGAUUCUUCUUGGCGUCGCUGUUACACAAGUACUGACACAGAAUUGUGAUGCUAAUGCUGUCAUGGAGAGGUAUCAGUCGUGCACCACAAUUCCAAUCGGGAUAUCUCAAACCACGACAUCCGCCAUGAUCAACGCUUUGUGCCAAAAUGUUGAAUGUACCAUACAGUGCGUGGCAGACGCCGUGGGAACCUGCUACAAAACCGAUGCCAUUUUUAAUUAUGACCCCGUAAUGUUUAAAGUGGCAUCUCGACUGAUGUGCAAACAGUCGCAAGCAAUGCUGGAUAUUUUACAGCACUGUUUGAAACAAAUGUUCAUCGACAACACCUGCUUCACCACGUUUGCGAGUUCAUUGCUGUCAGCAGUUGGACACUUCACGAGCGGGAACUAUGCUAGCUACAAGAGCGCAAUGUGCAGUGCAAGCAAUGCCUUCGUGGCAUGCCUUGGAAACGCCCCAUUCGGGACUUCAGGGACAUGUACUGCUGACAUGGCGGCAUUCGCCACGGGAGCCUUCGUUGUUUCCUACAGCUACUCCGAAUGCGGUAGUGCCCAGACACACCAGUACUUCACUACUUACGCCGGUGACGUCACUUGUGGUGCAAGUCGAUUUGCCAUGACAAUUGCAUACGCAAUAUCCGCUUUAAUUCUAGUGAUUUAAAAAAAACUUUAUUUGUUUACUUAACUAUUAAUACCAUGGCAAGGAUUUAAAUGUUAAAUUGACAUAUUGUAUACAUGUUUUUAUUAAACAUAAGUAUUUCGUCUUA